CUGGCCAGUUGAGACUGCGGCGCCGUCACGGCCGCACGUCCCGUCCCGCCCCGUUUCAGCUGAACCAGUGGAAAAGUGUAGUGAAGUGAACCCAGCGUGGAGCGCACAUGCAGUGGACCAGACCUGACUAUUUUAAGUGCUUGUGAUUUUUCCCUACCGUCACCUUUUUACUGUGUGGUUAGUGUUGCGUGCGCCUAAGUGAGUUUUGAACACGUUCGUGAGAAGUCGUGGCUGCAGGACUGCAAUCACAAAAAUAGUUUCCGAUGCGGCAACUAUGUCCUUCUCAAGAAACACUGAACUCAGGACGAUGAUGUUAAAAAGUGCUAGAUUAGUGUUUUAAGUGAACAAAAAAGUUCCAAGAUGUGUUUCAAAGGCAAGAUUGGGUAGACAGAAAGCAAGAUGGCGCGGAGGGGGCUGGAGGGGGAACUACUGGGAUUGCUGCUGGCCUUGGCUUUCUGCAUCUUGUGUCCAGACUAUGUAUCAUCAGCCCAGCGCGAGCCGGGGAAGGGUAUCCCGGGCAACUCGACUGCGACGGCCGCGCCUUCGAACUCCGAUAACUCGAUUCGGUCAAACGCGGCGGCGGACGGCGCUAGGCCGACGCCGCGCACCGGACCUUACUUCGACCUAGCGGCGUCGAAGAAUGUCACCGCACUGCUUGGCAAAACGGCCUACCUCAAUUGCCGAGUCAAGAAUUUAGGCAAUAAAACUUUGAACAUGCAGGUGUCUUGGGUGAGGCACCGAGACAUUCACCUGCUGACGGUGGGGAGGUAUACCUACACCAGCGACCAGAGGUUCAGAGCCAUACACUUGCCGCACACUGAGGAUUAUACACUUCAGAUAAAAUAUCCUCAGCACAGGGAUUCCGGAAUCUACGAGUGUCAAAUAUCAACGACUCCACACAUGAGUCAUUUUGUACAUUUGAACGUUGUUGAACCAACAACGGAAAUCAUCGGCGGUCCAGACCUGUACAUAGACCGCGGCAGCACCAUCAACCUGACCUGCGUGGUGCUGUACUCACCAGAGCCGCCGGCGUACAUCUUCUGGAACCACAAUGACGCGAUCAUUAGCUACGACUCACCUCGGGGAGGUGUCUCGGUGGUGACCGAGAAGGGUGAGACGACAACAUCGUUCCUUCUCAUCCAGCAGGCGCGGCCGUCGGACUCGGGCACCUAUCAGUGUAACCCGAGCAACGCGCAAUCGAAAAGCGUUGUCGUGCACGUCCUCAAUGAAGCAAAUUCUAUUUUUCCUUUAUCAGGAGAGUAUCCUGCGGCCAUGCAGCGGGGCGGGCAGGCGUUCCUGCUGACGUCACCGGUGCACUGCCUCGUGCUGCUCGCCUGCCUGCUACUUGCCUUCUCCUGACAGCUCACCAUAGACAACCUGUAAAUAGAAGAAAAAGUUUUAUCCAAUAACGGCUGUUUAGACUGUGUAAACAGCCAGCAUUCGCUAUAGUGUGGGUUGUGUUAUGUACAAUGUAAUUUUUAACAUUCCCUGAACAAGUAGCUGAACUGCUUACCUAGUAUAGUUGUAAAAAGUGUAAUAUAUAAGGCGUUCAUUCUUGCGUAACUGUUUUUUGUAUCGAAGUACCUAAUAUUGUGACUCUUGUAAUUAUUCAUAUUGAUGUCAGGGAUAAUUUUACUGAAGUACCAUUUUAAAGGUUGAUAAAGUGUUGUGCCUGUUUUGAUGGCUAUGUCAACGAAAAAUCAGCGACUGUAAUUCACAUGAUCCUAUAAAAAAUAUAUCAGAGAAUCUAAACGUAGUACGAUGCCUAUGACUAUGCAAACAAUGUUUCUUCUAGGCAACAUUAUUAUACCAAAGACUUUUCAAUCAUAGGCAUGUGUCCUUUCAGCACAGUUUAAAAAACACAGUCGCUGGAAUGUCGCAGAUAUUUUGUAACGUGAAUGGAAACACAGAGUAAGAUAAAAUUACUC